AACUGAUUAUUUUUGUACAAUUUUGGCUAGAAUGUUGUGUGCCAUGUUCCGAAAAUUCCGUGUCUAGUGACUAAUGCCAUCUGAAUUAUUAAACAGCCACACAGUAACUAACUUCCAUUCGAAUAAAAUCUUGAAACUCACCCGAAAUUGAUGAAAACUUUACUGUUACGGUAUGUCCCGCUGACCCCUUCCAACUCCACGGUCGACCACCUGUCGGUGAAGGACAAUUUUGAUGUGAGGACCAUUUGAAAUGGAAGGAUAGGAAUAGGGAAGAAGGACCGUUUGAAAUGGAAGGAUAGAAAAAAAAGGAAAAAAGGAUCGUUUGAAAUGGUAGGAUAGAAAAAGAUAGACGUCAUGCACAGAUGAGAGGAAGAUAUAAGAAAAAAAUAUAGAUGAAAUUUGUUAGUUAGUAGUUGAAAAUAUAGACCAUUGAAUUCGUGAACAUCACAAGCAAAAAUUUAAAUCCCGUAAGUAGAACCUACGUCGGAGAGGAAUUCUUUUAAUCCUUACCCUGAAUUAUAUUCCUUAACAGGUGAUAGUAGCACAAGAAUACUGUCGGUCAGAACGGACGGUGUCGGAUUGUUCAAGUUAAGGUUAGGACAAACGUGGCGUGAAUUUGUUCGCCCUGAAAAUUAACAUUUUGAUCCAAAUUGUAGCUUUAAACGGAAUAGUAUUCCACCUGCACAAUUGUUGGGAAGAAGAAGGAUUACGUAUUGAACCGAUGUAAGUAGCGUAUAAGUUUCCUAGGGCAUUUCAUUAAUAAAGCUCCACAGCUUUUAGCUGAAUCAUGCUGAAAAGCCGUUUAUUCAAUCCACCCAACAAUCUAAAAGAUCGGUUCAAGAUAACCACGAAGCAAUGCCGAAUUGUACAGGAAGUGCCCCCACCGUGGAAACACACUGUAACCAGUGUAAUGAACCUGACACGGAUCGGAUGGUAAGCUGUUGUCACUGCGAUUCGUGGUGGCAUUUUACCUGUGUGGGUGUGAACGACAGCAUUGAUGCGACAGACCGACCGUUUACAUGCCCAAACUGUCAGAGACCGUCGGCACAGAUUCCGGUGAUUGAUGCACCCGGAAGCAAGGCUAACAGCAAAGCAGGAACGAGCACUUCAACCUGUAGUGCUGGAGCAAUAAGGGCUCGCCUACAGCUCGAGAGACUUGAGGCCCAGAAGGCUUUGGCGAUGAAGCGUAUAGAGUUGGAGCGCCGGGAGCACGAGCGGAAGAUGGAGCAAGAGAAGCAGAAAAAGGAAGCAGAGUUUGAGCGGAGGCAAUUGCAGCUAGAGCAGGCGGUAAUGAACGAGUCAUUCCGUUUGAGAGAGGUGAUUGACCUAGGUGGGGAAGGCGAUGAAGACAACCGGAGUGUCGCCUCAGUGCAGAGUUCCUUCAGCAAGGUACAGCAGUGGAAGGUCGCCCAUUCGACGUUGGUUGUCCCGACGGAAAAGGCUCCAGCUAUUGGUACGAGUAACGCGACGACCGCAACUGGAAUACAAGCUAGGCAGGACGGCAUGCAGCAACCAACUAGCAUUAACGAGGGUAUUCUAGAAGCAGCGUUGGCAGGUAUUUCGUUAGGGCAGUCAGGGUUUGAGCCAACGUUAGGGGGUAUUAUCGGUCGAGCCGAAAGCACAACAGCGCCAAUAGUUGGUAGAGGUCAGGCUAACAUUUUCUCGGUUACCUCCGCGCUCGCCGGGCCUAGCAAAGGCAUCGCAAAUGUAAUCCCCAAGCAGCAUGCUUUCCAAAACUAUCCCUUUCCUCUCACCCAGCCUCCUCCAGCAGGCAAUUCGUUUGUCAUUCCGCGAGUUGGUAAUCCGAAUUUUGCAAUCGCCGCGCAAUCGACCGCAGUGAAUAGAGAUAGUGCAGGCCCAAUUAGAGGUCCAGUGACAGUGGAAGAAUUACUGGGAGGAGAGUAUUCCCAGUCGUACGCCGGCCAACCGUUACCGUCUGUGAUCCCCACUGAGCAAAGGUUUUCGAGAAGGCAGACGGUGCCACCAGGAAUCCAAUUGGGACCGCAGGAGCAACCACGGUUUGCGGAGUUCCAGGCUGGUGCGCAGCAACCUCCGUUGCAUGACGAGCAGGCGUAUUGGGGACCGACACCACGACAAUUGGCGGCAAGACACGUGAUGAACAAGGAGUUGCCAAUCUUUUCUGGUAAUCCGGAGGACUGGCCGCUAUUCAUUAGCUCGUACGUUAACUCUACUCAGACGUGCGGGUUUUCGAACGAGGAAAAUUUGGCGAGGUUGCAACGGUGUUUGAAGGGGCACGCACUUGAAUCGGUGCGGAGUCGACUGUUGCUACCGGCGAGCGUCCCAAAUGUUUUAGCUACGCUGGAGACACUUUAUGGUAGACCGGAAUUGUUGAUCCAUGCGUUGUUGCAGAGGAUCCGAGGGGUACCUGCGCCAAAACAGGAAAGACUAGAUACGCUAAUCGGUUUCGGUAUGGCGGUGCAGAAUUUUUGUGAUCAUCUGGAAGCCGGGAGGCAUGAAGCGCAUCUCAACAAUCCGAUGCUACUGUUCGAGUUGGUAGAGAAGCUUCCAGCACAUAUGAAACUGGACUGGUCGCUAUACAAGCAGCGCUGCGGGGAAGUGAACCUACGUUCUUUCUCGCAGUAUAUGCAGACGCUCGUGCGAGCGGCAUCCGACGUGACCGUGAACUACGAUCCUAGGCCGCAACCUGUACAGCAGCAGCGAAUAGUGAAGGAGAAGAACGGAAAGGACAAAAACUUCUGCGGAACUCACUCAAUGGAGGAUUCUUCUUUGAUGGCGACGAACAAAGAAGCAUCUGGCGUUACGAUGCGCCCAUCAAGCCCAGCGUGUUUCAUUUGCAAAAACCCGGGGCAUCGGGUAAAAGACUGCUCAGAGUUCGACAAGAAAACGGUCGAUGAACGCUGGGAGACAAUACAGAAACUCGGCUUGUGUCGGCUCUGUCUUGGAGCACACGGAAGGCGCCCCUGCAAGAAUCGCAAGCAAUGCGAUAUCGACGGGUGUCAACGGCGUCACCACCCUUUGCUGCACUCCAAACGGGACACAAAUGAAGCCCAGCAGGCCAGGGAAAACGGAAAGACGCCAGGAAAUGGCUGUAAGAAGUUUGGGAACGACGGAAAUUCGGCGAAGAAUGGGUCCAGGCAAGUAUCGAAUGAAGCUAAGCCAAGUAGUUCCAAAGCUGUCACCAACCAUCAUUCCGCUGGGAAGACUACGCUUUUUCGUAUUAUUCCAGUGACUUUGUAUGGGAACAAUCGAUCUGUGUCCGUGUAUGCUUUCUUGGACGACGGCUCGGAGAGAACGCUGAUUGACGAAGAGUUGGUAAAGGACCUUGGGGUUGUAGGAGAUCCGCAACCAUUGUGCUUGCAGUGGACGGCGAACGUGAAGAGGUCAGAAGCUAAUUCUCAACGGGUCGCAUUGGAAAUAGCAGGACGGUCAGGGGCAUCCAAACAUUCUUUGUCGGACGUGCGCACCGUAAGCAAGCUGGACUUACCACGACAAUCCUUGCGGUACGCGGAACUCGCAGAAACCUUUCCGUACCUAAAGGGCCUACCGAUCGAUGAUUACGAUCAAGCGGUACCGCGCAUCCUCAUCGGAAACGACAACGCUCACGUUACAUCGACACUCAAGCUACGAGAUGGCCGACCGGGAGAGCCGAUAGCAGCAAAAUCACGUUUGGGAUGGACGGUCUACGGAUCCAACCAGGACAAGUCAGGGGAUAUCGUUCAUAGUUUCCACAUAUGCGAGUGCCAGGAGGCCGAGCAGACCCUACAUGAGCUCGUGGAGAAGUUUUUCUCAGUCGAGAGUCUGGGUAUAAUGGAAGUCGCCCAUCCUGAGUCCGCGGAAACUCAACGAGCAAAUCGGAUCCUGAUGGAAACUACUAAGCGGGUCGGACAGCGAUUCGGAACUGGGCUUCUCUGGAAGUACGAUAGCUUCGAGUUCCCGGACAGCUACCAGAUGGCGGUUCGACGACUGCAGUGUUUGGAAAGGCGUAUGCAGAGGGAAUUACUCAUCGGCGAAAGUGUGAGGAGACAGCUUUCUGAGUAUCAAGCGAAAGGGUACAUACACAAAGCGACCCGGAAGGAGCUCGAUGAUUCAGAUCCACGGCGUACGUGGUACUUACCUUUAGGAGUGGUCAUCAAUCCCAAGAAGCCGUCCAAGGUUCGUAUCUUCUGCGAUGCAGCGGCCAAAGUGGAUGGAGUCGCACUCAACACGAUGCUGUUGAAAGGGCCGGAUCUGCUAAAUACGUUGCUCAAUGUUCUAUACGGUUUCCGGGAGAAACGGGUCGCUCUGUGCGCGGAUCUGAAGGAGAUGUUUCACCAGAUUUGGAUUCGACGAGAAGAUCGACAUGCGCAACGACUGCUUUGGCGAGAUGAUCCUACACAAGCCCCCGAUGUGUAUUUGAUGGACGUCGCAACGUUUGGUGCAACGUGUUCACCGUGUUCGGCACAAUUCGUGAAGAAUUUGAACGCUAAGGAGCAUUCAAGACAGUAUCCAGUUGCAGCCGACGCAAUUAUCCGGAAGCACUACGUGGAUGACUACUUGGACAGCGCUGACGACGUUGACGAAGCGGUGAAGCUGGCACAUGAAGUCAAACUGGUCCACUCUCUCGGCGGAUUUCAUCUGCGGAACUGGCUUUCAAAUUCCACCGAGGUUCUCGCACGGGUCGGGGAGAGAGACCCAGUCACAGAAAAGUGUCUCCAGCUGGACAAGAACAGUUCAACCGAACGCGUGCUCGGGAUGUACUGGAAGCCGGUCGACGAUGUCUUCACGUUUACAACGACGCUAGCGGUGGGUGCGGAGCAUCCAACUAAGCGCCAGGCACUGCGAGUAGUGAUGAGCCCAUUCGAUCCGGCAGGAUUGUUGUGUUUUUUCCUCAUACACGGCAAGGUACUAAUCCAGGAGCUGUGGAGGGCGAAGACGACAUGGGAUCAACUAAUUCCGGAGGAGUUACUUGGGAAGUGGAUGCGGUGGACGAGUUUGUUCAAACAUCUGGACCAGAUUAGCAUUCCGCGUUGCUACUUUCCGCAACGUUCGGUGAAAGAUAUCUUGUCGCUGCAACUGCAUAUCUACGUGGAUGCUAGCGAAGAAGCUUAUGCGUGUGUCGCUUACUUUCGGGCGGUAUUUCCGGAUGGGAUUUCUGUUGCGUUAGUCGGUGGGAAAUCCAAGGUGGCUCCACUGAAGGCACACUCCAUCCCACGGUUGGAGUUGAUGGCAGCGGUAAUCGGAGUUCGCUUGAUGAAGACCAUCCUCACUGGGCACUCGCUCGUAGUCGAGAAGACAGUGUUAUGGUGUGACUCUAAGACGGUGCUGGCUUGGAUAAAUUCAGAUCAUCGAAGAUAUCGCCAGUUCGUAGCUUGCCGAGUAGGUGAGAUUUUGUCCAAGUCGGAGGCGAAGCAAUGGCGUUGGAUAUCAUCGAGAAAGAACGUCGCCGACGAUGCGACAAAGUGGGGAAAAGGGCCGUGUUUGUCCUCAGGCGGCCGUUGGUUCCGUGGUGACAACGAUUUAUAUUUGCCAGAAGAUCAAUGGACCGUAGAUGCAGAUUCAGUCGGCGCGACGACCGAUGAAGAGCUGAGGUCGUGUUUGGUGCACAAGGAGGUUAUCGUACCGCCACAACUUGUGAGGUGGGAGCGAUUCUCGAAACUGACGCAUUUGUAUCGAUCGGUAGCACAUGUUCAUCGCUACGUACAAAAUCUACGGCGAACGGUAAAACGAGAGACUCGACUGGACGGACCACUCACUCAAGAGGAAUUAGCAACAGCCGAAACCACAAUCUUUCGUUGGGUGCAGUGUGAGCAGUAUCCGGACGAGGUGGCGACUUUGUCAGUAAUGCGGGACACGCAGCCAGGACAACAGGCGCGGCUGGAGAAAACCAGCAAAAUAUACAAACUGUCUCCGUACUUGGACGAAGCAGGUGUUAUUCGUUCUGAUGGAAGGAUAUCUGCUGCGACCGUCGCCGCGUUUGACACUAAGUUUCCAGUAAUAUUGCCGAAAGCCCAUCCAGUGACUAGACUGCUGGUUGAAUGGUACCACCAACGAUUUCUUCACGCCAAUGGCGAGACUGUCGUGAACGAAGUGAGACAGCGUUUCCACAUAUCGCAGCUGCGCCCGUUCGUGCGUAAGGUGGCUAAAGAGUGCGCCUUAUGUAAAGUCAAGAAGCCAAGUCUGGCGACACCCCGAAUGGCUCCACUCCCGGCGGCCAGGUUGCAGGCGUACGUACGUCCAUUUUCCUACGUAGGCGUCGACUAUUUCGGGCCGAUCGGCGUGCGGGUGAACCGAAAUAUUGCAAAACGAUGGGUAGCUCUGUUCACGUGUAUGACCACACGAGCAAUCCAUCUCGAAGUCGCUCACACACUUUCAACGGAAUCUUGCAAGAUGGCGAUCAGGCGUUUCAUCGGACGCAGAGGAGCACCUGUGGAGAUCCGCAGUGACAGGGGCACAAAUUUCGUGGGAUCGAGCAACGAACUUAAGCAGGAGAUGGGCAAAAUCGAGCGCCAGCUUGCCGAAACGUUCACCAACGCGAACACGAAAUGGGUGUUUAACCCACCUGGAUCACCUCACAUGGGUGGCGCCUGGGAGCGUCUAGUGCGGUCGGUGAAAACCGCUCUUACUGCAAUGGAGUCUUCUCGAACGCCGAACGAAGAAACGCUGGCAACGUUGCUAGUGGAAGCUGAGAGUGUGGUCAAUUCGAGACCGCUAACAUAUAUUCCUCUGGAGACGGCGCAACAGGAGGCUCUAACACCGAACCACUUUCUUCUAAUGAGCUCGAGCGGCGUAACGCAGACUCCGAAGACGCUUACGGAUCCAAGACAAGCCUGCAGGAACGACUGGAAUCUAUGCCGUACAAUGGUAGAUCAGUUUUGGCGCCGGUGGGUGCGGGAAUAUCUUCCUACCAUCGCACGUCGUACCAAGUGGUUUGAGGAGACGAAACCGAUCGAGGUAGGAGAUUCGGUGAUCAUCGUGGAGGAGAAGAUACGCAACGGAUGGAUUCGAGGACGUGUAGCCAAGGUUGUGGUGGGCCGAGAUGGGCGAGUUCGCGAUGCCGUGGUGCAGACUCCCGACGGAAUGGUGCAUCGACCUGUAGCAAAGCUGGCGCGGAUCGACAUAGAAAAGGUGGGGCUUCAGCCGGGAACAGCAGAAGGUAAAGCUGAACCGGAGAUAGCUAACCAGCCUUACGGGUCGGGGAGUGUUACGGUAUGUCCCGCUGACCCCUUCCAACUCCACGGUCGACCACCUGUCGGUGAAGGACAAUUUUGAUGUGAGGACCAUUUGAAAUGGAAGGAUAGGAAUAGGGAAGAAGGACCGUUUGAAAUGGAAGGAUAGAAAAAAAAGGAAAAAAGGAUCGUUUGAAAUGGUAGGAUAGAAAAAGAUAGACGUCAUGCACAGAUGAGAGGAAGAUAUAAGAAAAAAAUAUAGAUGAAAUUUGUUAGUUAGUAGUUGAAAAUAUAGACCAUUGAAUUCGUGAACAUCACAAGCAAAAAUUUAAAUCCCGUGAUAGUAGCACAAGAAUACUGUCGGUCAGAACGGACGGUGUCGGAUUGUUCAAGUUAAGCUUUAAACGGAAUAGUAUUCCACCUGCACAAUUGUUGGGAAGAAGAAGGAUUACGUAUUGAACCGAUGUAAGUAGCGUAUAAGUUUCCUAGGGCAUUUCAUUAAUAAAGCUCCACAGCUUUUAGCUGAUUCAUGCUGAAAAGCCGUUUAUUCAA